UAUUCUCCCUUACGGCAUCGUGCACUCAUUGCACUUCGCUGCGCCAGCAGCCAUCGUUCCUUCAACUCCGUCCUCGACGCCGACUACCGAGCCAAGGUCGAGAUGCUGCGCCCCGGCACAGUUCUGCCAUCGCCGCUCACGAUUUUGCGGGACACUGUGGCUAUCUACGAG